CCAACGUAUGCCCGCAUUGCGACGCGACUUUCAGAGGAAAAGAAACAUUGGAUGAUCAUAUAGUUAAAAAACACCCAGAGUUUGUUAAAUCGGUUAAACGAAGUAUCUAUGAAUGCCCAAAUUGCCCAUUCAAAACUGUUUUAAAACGCAAGUUUCGUAGACAUUUAACAGUGCAUCCUGGCGUAGUUUGCAAGGGGAAUCCCAAUACGUGUAUACAUUGUGAAGCGGCCUUUAAAAUGAGGAGGACAUUGGAAGAUCACAUAGUGAGAACACAUCCAGAACUUACGGCGUCAGUUGCAAGAAAAGUUCAUCAAUUGUGGGACAAAGAAAAUACUCGGAAAACGGAGUUGGCGCUGGAGAUAUGGAAGCAGAAAAGGGAGAAUCAUUCAUAUGCUAUAAUUGUGGCUAUACAGCCUAUACCAAACGUACUUUAAUCAAACACAUCAAAGUCGGCAAUUGCAAUUUGAAAACAGAUACUAAAAAAUCUUCAAUCACAGCAAAUUUACACGUUUGUACACAAUGUAGUAAAGAAUUCGCUAAAAAAAGGAAUUUGGACAGUCAUAUAGUUAAAAAACAUCCAGAGAUGAUUCCGUCACUUUCUCGCAAAAUAUACGAAUGUAAAGAUUGUGAUUAUAAAGCCGUCUGGAAGUGUAACUUCAGCAGACAUAUAUUGACACAUCAAGAUGCUUCUAAUUACAGACUCAGCUGUCCACACUGCAACGCGACUUUUAGAGAAGGAAAAGCAGUGGAUGAUCAUAUAGUAAAAAAACACCCAGAGUUUGUUAAAUCUGUUAAACGAAGAAUAUACGAAUGCCCAAAUUGUCCAUAUAAAACUGUCAAAAAGGCUGUACUAGAUAUGCAUUUGACGACGCAUCCUGAUGCUGUUUCUAGUAUAAAGAUGAGAACGUGUCCACAUUGCAAUAAGUCGUUUAAAAAAAAUGCAACGCUAGAUAAUCACAUACUUAAAGAACAUCCAGAAUUCAUGGCAUCAGUGACAAAAAAAAUAUAUCAAUGCCCAUAUUGUCCAUACAGAACUGUUGAAAAGGCUUGGCUAGAUAGGCAUUUUAUAACGCAUUCUGAUGUUGUUUCUGGUAUAAAGUUGAUGAAAUGUGAACAUUGCAAUAAAUCGUUUAAACAGAAGGUGACGCUAGAUAAUCACAUACUUCACAAACAUCCAGAAUUCAUGUCGUCAGUGACAAAAAAAAUACAUCAAUGUCCAUAUUGUCCAUAUAGAACCGUCGAAAAGGGUGGGCUAAAUAGGCAUUUGAUAACGCAUUCUGAUGCUGUUUCUGGUAUAAAGGUGAUUAAAUGUGAACAUUGCAAUAAAUCGUUUAAAAAGCAGGUAAAGCUAGAUAAUCACAUACUUAAGGAACAUCCAGAAUUCAUGUCGUCAGUGACAAACGAAAUACAUCAAUGUCCAUAUUGUCCAUAUAGAACUGUCGAAAAGGCUGGGCUAGAUAGGCAUUUGAUAACGCAUUCUGAUGGUAUAAAGUUAAUUAAAUGUGAACAUUGCAAUAAAUCGUUUAAACAAAAACAAUCGCUAUAUGAUCAUAUAGUAAGAAAACAUCCAGAUUUUAUCUCGUCGAUCACCGUGAAAAUACACGAAUGCGCACAUUGUCCAUUUAAAACCAUCAGGAAGACUGAUCUCAAAUUACACGAAACAAUUCAUCUUGAUGCGAAUUAAUUUCAAUGAUACCUUUUACGUACGCUAAAAAUUACUAUAAACACCAUCGCGCAAUCGUUCCAUCAUGUAACAACAGAAGGGAAGUUAUUCACGAACGAACACUAAAAUGUUAUUAGGCUAAUUAACAUUUUAAUCAAGUCAGUCAAUCCCCGAUUUGUAUAACAGUUUAACCCUAGAUUACGGGACUUGUUUCAAAAUACUUUAAUACGAGACUAUCGUAAAAUAUACGAAGAUAAUAUAAAACUUGCAUUGUACAAUAAAAUUCUUAUGAAAAAACUCAUGAAAAAUAAAAGAUAUAUUUCUAAGGACUUUACAAUAAAAUGCAAGAACAAAAUAUCAAUAAAAAGUCAAUAUAUAUUAUUUGACACUACAUUCCUUGCAUACAUUUCCUCGAUGCUCACCACAGAUCGGAUGUCCACACUGUCCACAAUACAUCGUUGUCAUCCGUCUCUUUUGAGAAGGACAAAAAAAGCACGUUUUACGCUUUUUUUCUAGAGGGAUUUCAGGUGUUGUAUCUUUUCGAAUAUUGAGAAGAAGGGCAAUAUCUUGACUUAUAUUUCGACGCAACGUAGGAGUCGAUAAUCUAUGCCUCAUCCCUGGCUCAGCAAGGCGACGACUUAAAUCUAUCAUGUACUGGUAACGUGAAAGGGGUUUCUUUCCUCUUGAUAAAGCAUUAAAAGUAUAAAUCACAAAGGAGUUGAUGCUGGCUAUAUUCACCAUACCAUAUAGCACACACAGGGGCCAUCUUCUAGUUUUCCUGCUGCAGCUCAUGUUGGAACACAUUUGGUCGAAUGUGUCGACACCCCCUUUAGUUUCAUUGUUGUUCUGAACAAUUGCUGGUUUUCCUGUUUGUUUUGAAAUUUCAGCACCCUCAUGCAUUGUAGACAAUAGCAGUACUAAUUUCUGCUUCCUAGGCACAUACGAAAGUAAUACUUUUUCUUGAUCAAAACAGAACAUUGAUGUAUUUACGUUUCGCUGCCUUAUGUCAAGCAGUUCGGGAGGAAUUUCCCUUUUAUUUUUUCUUAGUGUUCCAAUUAUUGUCAGUUUGUAAGGAUCUUGGAGUAGUUCAUCUGCCAAACUGACGGACGUGAACCAAUUGUCCAUGGUAAUAUUCCUGUUACUUCCAUGGACAGAUUUUGUUAGCUCCUUUACAAAGUAGGUAGCAAGCGGCAAACCAUUCGUUCUGGUACUUUUUCCUAUAUAUGGACUAGCAUCAACCAUAUAGCAUGUUGAGUUGUCACAUAGCAUGACAAUUUUUAUACCAUACUUUGAAGGUUUAUUCGGUAUGUACAUGCGGAAUGGACAUCGUCCACGAAAUCCCAAAAGCUGUUCGUCUAUAGUGAGGUAAGAUGGUGUAUAUGAUGAUCCGCAAGUUUCAAUGAAAAUAUCCCAUAACUCACGGAUAUGGGUGAAAGGAUCAUUAAUUUUUCUUUCCUGUCUUGUUUCUCUUGAAUCAAAUCUGAGACAGUUCAGUAAGAACAUAAAUCUGUCACAGUUCAUGCAGGCUCUGUAGAAGGAACCAGAAAUCGUCGUAUCAAACAUAUGUCUGGCAGAUAGAUGGUUGUCUUUCUUGGCAGCCGAGAGUAUCAAAAUUGCAAACAGCGCCUGUAGUUCUUCUUAGUGGUAGGUGACACAUUGUUGUUACCCGUGUAAUUUUGCCUUUGUCGUACAAUUUCUUCAUUAGUGUGUAGUAAUAUUAUAUCAAGAAUAGGAUCAGAGAAGAAAUGUAAAAAAUAUUCUUCCAGUGUCACAUACUCCUUCGCUUCACCUUUCGGGCCUGCCACAAAAUGGAUGAGGUUUCUUGAAGCAGUUCUUUCAGUUCUGCUGGGCUGUGUUGAUGUCCAUCUCUGACCAUUCUUUCCUUUCAAACUCAAAAUAUUGGGUUUAACUAGAAAGUGAUUUGUUUUACAAGGUUCAAGUUGAGGUUGAUUUACGGGAUCGUCGGAGUUCACAUGGCCGUCAUCAUUCUUUUUCUCUGCCGAAGUAGUCGUUUCUUGUUCAUUUAUAGGAACAUUCUCGUCCAAAUAGAAUUCAUCAUUUGAAUCAUCUGAUCCCUUCAUCGAUUCUACUUCAAUAUUAUCUUGUUCCCAACCACUGCCACUAUCCUCAAAUGGAUCUGGAUCACUGUCUCCUCCCUCCAUAAUUUUUCUCACUUCUUCUUCCAAUUCUGCCUGAGAUAAGGACCGUUUUGAAGUCAUUUCGCUGGAAAGACAUGUACUCAGAACGCUAUAAGUAUGAAAAAUAGAAAACACCUUACCUCACAAAUAAAUGUCAGCAAAACCGCUUUUCAAAGAAUAGAAUAAAAAUCAGCUUGCGCGAAAAUAGCAAACAGUGACACGGGACUAUCGUAAAAUUUACGACGGAAGUGCAAAAUCUCCGUUACGCUUGACAAAUACACGAUGUUACGUACACCGAAGUCUAGCCGAAAACUAAAUAGGAAGGUAUCGAGAGUCUCAUUCCGAUACGCUAACCGAAAAUGAACGAAAACCCACGACGAAUAUUGUCGAUCGUAAAUUUUACGAAUGUCCCGUACUCUAGGGUUAAUUGAAUCUAUGAAACUAACAUAAUUAAAUCAAAACGUAACCGUUUAAUUAAAUUUAUUCCACCGCUUACUUGGAUUGACUACACCAAUUUAUUUAAAACUAAUGAAUCAUUAAAAUGAGUUUACUGCUACAAGUAGAAGAGUUUAAUUUUUUUUAGACUUCGCCGUUUGUUUUUCUCAAUAAAGACUAAUUAUUAUUACUAUUGUUAUUAUUUUAUCACUUACACUCCAUCAGAAUGGUGAAGGAAUUAUGCUAUUCUCAGAGGUCUUGCCUAAACCUUGAGGAGGAAUUCGUUGUAGUAUAUUUAGGAUAGACUAAGUCUGGACAGGUUGUUUUUCGUUACUAUCGGGUUCUCCAAUAGGG